AUGAGGAGUCGUCUCUCGUUGCUGUGCGCCGUAGAAAUUGUCUCCGUGGCCAAUUUCCUUACGAUUGCAUCUGAUAUUUCAAAUCAGAAUGAAGUCGUCGAUUGGCAUGAUAAUAAAAGUGUUGGAAGAACUCUCGUGACUGUUGACGAUGAGAUGAGAAUGCCUGUAAAUGCAUUAGUGACAAGACUAAAUGAGAUUUCUCGUGAAAAUGUGGUCGAAAAUUUGGAGACUGUCGUGGAGUCAGUUGCGACGUCGUUUGCUCAAAACAGCGAGUCAACUUACGCAAAAUUUUUGAAAACAAGGAAGCUGUGGAGACAAAGAUUGAUAAAAUGA